AAAACCGGAUUCGGGAAGUGUGAUUGGCAGGAGGCUGGUAAAAUGGCUGGAAACGCGGGUUGUCUGAACAGAAUGUGACUGCUCGGUCGGCACAACGAGGCUUUUGUACAGAAGUUGUUAAAAUCUGUGUAGCCAUGGAGAAGGGAAAAUAUCUUUCGAGCAGCGGUUUUCCGCGAGUAGAGACCGCGAAUUUCACUCAUUAAAGGAGGAUAUUAAAGCGAAUAGAACUGGAAAUGUUUAUAAUAAACGGAAGGAUUUAUCUCCCACGUUAUGAAGAAAAGUCCCCGUUUGAAUGAGCCUAUUGAUCAAACUGAAAUAACUGAAUAUACGAUUUAUCAAAAUAAAACAGAUGGCAAGUCUUAAAGACUUAAAUUUUCGUAUAUGAAACCUCCAAACAGUGGAACUCUUGGUAAAUGUGUUUUCCCCCAAAGUGUGAUAUUGAUUUGUUUAUAUAAAAUGAUGGCACGCCGCGACCCCCAUCAAGGAACGCACUCUAAUUAAUCAAAGAGGCUGAGCGAUCAUUUCGUUUCCUUCCCGUCAAAGCGCCACCAUUCAGAACUGCAACGGCCUGCGACCCAAACUGGGCGCUGCAACGGAGCGAGAGAAUAUCAGAGCAGCGACACUUUUUCUCUCUCCCUCUCGCCCGCCCUGAGUCUGAUCGUCCCGUUUCGUCAUGACCUAAACAGAGUCACACAGAUGAAACGAACAAUGAGGGAGUCCCGUCUGUAGCUCCCCGAGAUCCACCUCGGGGAAGAGAAGGGAGGAAACAGAAACCCGCUUCAAUCGUUCUCCACUUCAGCUUUUACUGGUUACAAGGCAAAAAAAAGGGGGGAGAAAAGUCGAGGUGUUUGCAAUGGCCGGAGUUCUGUGCAAAACUUUGUACGCUUUUUCCGGGGAUCAGCAUCAACACGGGUUGAAGUUCGAGGCUGGGGAGAUUAUCAAGGUCGUACAGGUGCUGAACGGCGGAUGGUGGGAAGGUGAAAAGGAUGGUGCGAGGGGAUGGUUCCCUGCCAGUUACGUGGAAAUUUUAGAGAAACCUACACCAGUAAGCGCUCAGACAAUUGAGGAGAUGGCUCACUCACCCUUGCCACAUGGUUGGCAGUGCUACAUGUCACCACAGGGUCGGAAGUACUAUGUCAAUACCUACACAAGUGAAACAACCUGGGAAAGACCAACCAGUACUCCGGGGACCCCGAAGACUGCGAUGACACAGAUGAAUUCCAUGCUCACAGUGAAUGGCUUUCACUCCUCGGGGAGUCUGUCACACCAUUCGGAGUCACAGCAUGUGUCCUUGAGAAAGACCAGCAGUGAUCCACAGAGCCCGGGAGUGGGGUCACCCGCCCGAAGACAGAGCAAAGAAAGUCACAUCACGAUAAAUUGCAUUACGUUUCCCCAUCCUGAUGCAAUGUCUGAACAGCAGCUUCUCAAACCAGGUGAUUGGAGCUACUGCGAUUAUUUCUGGGCUGACAAAAAGGAGACACAAAGCAAUAACUCGAUUGCUGGAUUUGAUAUUAUCCUUGUGAAACAGCUCAAAGGCAAACAAAUGCAAAAAGAAAUGGCAGAGUUUAUCCGGGAAAGGAUUAAAAUUGAAGAAGAUUAUGCCAAAAACUUGGCAAAGCUCUCCCAGAGUCCCCUGGCUGGCAUGGAGGAAGGCACUCUAGGAGAGUCUUGGGCACAGGUGAAGAAAAGUUUGGCUGAUGAAGCUGAGGUUCAUCUGAAGUUUUCAUCCAAGCUACAGAGUGAGGUGGAGAAACCUCUGCUAUCAUUUCGAGACAACUUCAAGAAGGAUAUGAAGAAGUUUGACCACCAUAUAUCCGACCUUCGCAAGCAACUGAGCACUCGCUAUGCUACAGUGGAGAAGGCUCGAAAAGCUUUGGCGGAGAGACAGAAAGACCUGGAGUUUAAGACUCAACAACUGGAGAAUAAGUCUACUUAUAAAACAGAAGAGGACAUCAAGAAAGCCAGGCGGAAAUCGACACAAGCAGGUGAUGAACUGAUGCGCUGUGUAGACCUGUACAACCAAACCCAAUCUAAAUGGUUUGAAGAGAUGGUCACGACAACUCUGGAGCUGGAGAGGUUGGAGGUUGAAAGGAUUGAAAUGAUUCGGCAACACCUGUGUCAAUACACGCAACUUCGCCAUGAGACAGACAUGUUCAACCAAAGUACUAUCGAACCAGUGGAUCAGCUGCUUCAGAAGGUUGACCCUGCCAAGGACAGAGAGCUCUGGGUAAAAGAGCACAAGACAGGCCACAUCCGGCCGGUAGACAUGGAAUUAUAGAGUAAGCCCUUUGCUGGAAUGAUUUUCUUUUCCACAGGCAUUAACCGAGCAGUUAGCUGCUGCUGCUCUUCAGGUGGAUGGAUUGUAUCAAGGAAUCAAAGUGCAAUGGAAGUGACAGUGCAAGCUCAUUACAGAGUGCCUUUUGUGUAUAUGAAACAAAAAAUGUUUAAAUAUUUAGCCAUCUGUGUCAAGCAGUUUGUAUUUUGUGCUAGUUUGAGUUUUCUUGCAAAUCAAACUGCCCGUUCACCAGCAAUGGUGGAAAAGCUUUCUCUUGCAUGCUAAGCAUGUAUAUAAAAAAGAGUGCUUCAGCUGUCCAGGAUUCUGUGUCCUACCCAUCCCUCAACUCUUCUUACAUUCCUGAAAACAGUGCAGUGUGGCUGUCCCUUGAGUAAUACAGGGCACUUUCACAUGAAAACCAUUUCAGACUUCUGACUACCCGCCCCCCACCCCUAAUUUUGCAUUCUCAGCCAAGUGAUAGGUCUUGCAGGUAGCCACAUCUGAAGUUUAUUGUAUCUCAGAACCAGAUGAGCUCAAAUUGAAGAGUAAAUGUAAGAGCUCUGUUAAGGCUUUUAACGAUCAAGUGUGUUGUUCAGUAUAUUCUGAAUAUGAACAUACUAGUGUGAAUUAUCCUAGUGUCUGAAUGUGAUUGGAAUUCUAGUUCCAGAUUAUCGGGAGCUUCUACUAAAAGAACCAUCAAUGAGUUAAAAAUGUUCCACUUAAAUUCACCAAGUUAUGGAACUGGAGUUCAGCGAGAAUUGAAGUUCUGCAUUAACCUCUGCAGAAAGGCAGCCACCUCCACCCACUCUUGGCUGGAGUUUGUCACUGAAGUGAUUUUUAUUUUGUUUACUCAAAUAACUGGAGAGUUUUCUGUAUAAGUGUCUUGCACUUUGUCUACAUCUCCUUAUCUGUCUGACUGUGCAUAUAGUCAGUACUUGAUGACACAUCACAGCAGCCUCUUCUGUGCUUGAGACUAUUUUUGCAUUUUUUUUCUCUGUUCACUUCAUUUGCCUCUAAUUUUGCUUGCUUGGUGUAAAUAAAUCUUGGUUCUUUGUGCACUAAUUAUUAAUGUUUUGGAGCAGAUUUGAUUGGCUUUUUUGGCAGCCAAAUGCUGUUCUGCCUAAGUAAGCCUGUGAAGCAUUUCCUUCCCUCCUGGAGUCUUUCCUUGGAGGUUAGGAGCAAGAUAGCUGUCUGGUUCCACAUGACAUUGCUUAGUAUGCAAAUACACAUGAGCCUAUCCUAUUCUAAAAUCUCGUUGUGCAGAUGUCAAUGUACCAGUCAAGUAAUGAUAGAUUGAAAUUGCACAAAAUAAAUUCAUUAGAACAGCCAUAAAGUAAUUCUGUCUGCUAAACCAACAACUUCAGCAUAAAUGGAAUAUUCUCUGUUAAUGUUGCCUUGAGAGUUUUUCCAUCUGCAUACAGCUUCUUUGAUUCAUGUUGCUAUGGGUGAACACGCAAAUGCUGGAGGAACUUGGCAGAUCUACUGAGGAUGGAGUCCUAGUUCUAGGAUGUAGACUGUGCUACAACUGCAGAUUUUCUUGUGUUAGUUCCACCUGACUAUCUAAAGCAGGGGUUCCCAACCUUUUCUAUGCCAUGAACCAGUACCAUUAAGCAAGGUGUCUGUGGACCCCAGGUUGGACGUCCCUGAUCUAAAGAGACUUUCAAAACAUGAUCACCUCCACAGCAUCCAAAAUAGCAGUGUUAAUGCAGAGCACUGUCAACAAGGCCACUGCAGUUAGCUAAGAUUUCAAUGGAGUUGUACUGAAUGGAGGAAUGAUUUGUUUCAUUUAAUAAUUGCGUAUGUGCCUCUCAUUAAAACCAAGUGAAUCCAACAGGUGAGAUUUAGAGUGCUGUCAACUAAGAUUGUUUUGGUCUGCUUUUCUGUUAUUAACUUAAGUGCAAAGUUGAUUAGAAAGGCACCAUUUAGAAACCACGUAGCGAUUUAAUUCAGUCCCCUCAGUCCACGUCAUGAAGGAUGGACUAAUGAACAUCUGUCUGGGUCAAUUUAAGGGGCAAACUGUUAAAUUAUCCUUGGGCACCAGGGAUUUUCCACCAAUAAGUAGAGAUGACUCUGGUUUACAAAGGACAGAGAGGCAAGCUUCCUCUCUGGAAAAGCUAUUUGUGCUGAAUUUUGACCUUGCUAAUCUUUAUAUAAGGAAGGCCAGAAAAGUUUCAAAUGACCUCAACAGAUUUAAUUCCAAUCCUGUGCAUCUUAACAUGCUAACUUAACAUUGCAGGAUCUAGCUCUACUGGUGCUAUUCUCUGCUUUUUUUAUAUAGAUAGAAGACAAAUUUGAAUAUGAUGUGAUACAUAGUUAACAAGUUUAUACAAUGUUACUGGAGAGCAUUUUAUCAAUGUAUGACUAACUUGUCCACAACUUUUUCAAGCACAAAUGCUUUUUGUAUAUCUUAAAUUCAUUUGGAUUUCAUAAACCAAUAACCUUGUUACAAUAGUGCAGUUUCUCUAUGAUAUUCUGAAUUUCUAUAUACUAUAAAAGGGGAUGAUUAAUUUUCCAUAAAACAGCAUGUUGUCUGACCAGAUGGCCGUUACUUACGAUGUUUUCAUGUGAAAGUACCCUAAGAUGGACUUAAUCUGUAUCUGCAGCAACAUAAUGUUUCUUAUUUACCAUUUCGUGUAUGUUGCUUUAAAUAUUGUGCAAGUUGUGAUAAAUGUCCUCUAGUUAAAUUGAUGUUAUUAAAAACAUUCACACUCUCAAUGAAAAGGAAAUUGCUUUUAAAGGCUGUAGCUGCUAAAAUCAGAAUGUUUUAUGUACAAUAA